GACGGCGGCUGCGGCGCGGGCAUGUUGAUGUAUGGCUUGAGCCUGCGGCACGGCUGGGGCUGCCAGGUCAACACCCCGCUCGGGUUCCGCUUCCUCCAGAUGGCGGCCGAGUCGGUCGUCGCCGACCUCGAUCGUGUCGUCUUUGGCGGGCGCACGCUGCGGCCAAGGUGCGUCCUCACUUUCUCGCCCUCUCGUCGUUCUCCUUCCCGGUCACUCGGACUCACGCCGACUUUCGGCCUGCAGAGCGAGCUCGUCCUCGCCCUUCACGAGAUCGGCGCGUCCUACCGCUUCGGCUGGGGCGUCGACAAGUCGAAGCAGAUGGCCGUCUCGUACUUUCGCCUCGCCGCCGACCUUGGUGACGUCGAUGCGCAGCAAGACCUUGCCUUUGCGCUCGCCAACGGCAAGGGCUGCAAGAAGGACCUCAAGGAGGCGGCCCGCUUCUACCGCCUCGCGAUCGCUCAAGGCGCACCGAGCUUCGGGCUCAGCUGGGUCUACAAGGACAAGUACCUCGGGGCGUGA